UCACGGCGCCAUAUUAAAAAUACUCCCUCCUCUUUGCCUGUGUGAUCGUAGCUUAGCAGCAGCAGCUAGCCGCCAGUCCGCUUUCUUCACAGCCACCGGACUGACAGAGGGCGACGACGUGAUGGAAAUUGACUCGCUCCAAGAGGCGCUCAGAGAUUUCGACAAGAAAGCAAAGAAAGAGGCAUGUCCUCUUCUGGAACAAUUUCUAUGUCACAUUGCCAAGACUGGAGAGACCAUGGUUCAGUGGUCUCAGUUCAAGAACUACUUCCUGUUUAAACUGGAGAAGGUGAUGGACGACUUCAGAGCCUCUGCACCGGAGCAAAGAGGCCCUGCCAAUCCCAACGUGGAGUCGAUUCCAUUUGAAGAUAUGAAGGAGAGAAUUCUGAAGAUUGUGAACGGAUACAAUGGAAUACCAUUUACGAUCCAGCGCUUGUGUGAGCUGCUCACAGAACCUAAGAGGAACUACACAGGAACAGACAAGUUUCUCCGGGGGGUGGAGAAGAACGUAAUGGUGGUAAGCUGUGUACAUCCAACCUCAGAGAAAAAUGGAUGCAGUGCCGUCAAUAGAAUGAAUGGAGUGAUGCUUCCUGGGAACACAGCGGCUUUUACAGAGAGGAAAGUGAACGGUCCAGGAACUCCCCGGCCGCUGAAUCGGCCGAAGGUGUCUCUGGCCAACUCACUAGCAGCUAAUGGUCUGCCAGACAGCACAGACAACAAAGACCUCAACACAGAGCCGGAAGGCGACACAGACUCUUGUGAGGUUUCGCCAUCAGAAGUCUCCCUGGGGAGCUCGGUGAAGAACAAACACCCAGACGAAGAUGAGGACAUGGAAGCCGAGCAGCAGGAGGUGAAGAGACUGAAGUUCAGCAAGGAUGAGGAGGAAGAUGACGACGAGGAGGACGAAGAGGAGGAGCAGGACGUGGACACACUGAGGCCUUCACACGCUGCCUGCCUUUCAAAAGAAGCUGAAGCCAUGGUCCAAGAGGAAGAGGAGGAGGAGAAGGUCGGGUACAGCAAGGAGAGUGAAGCUUCCAGCAGCGCGGCUGCUACUGAAGACCAAGAACCAUCGAGCAGCACGCAGGCGGAGGUGUGUGCAGGCUCAGGUGAGGAGGUGGAGCAGGCUGAGAGGGAGGUACCAUGCGGCUCCCAGGACGAGGGCAACGACAUGGAUCAGACGGAGCAGCAGGCGCCGGCAGGCGUCCUGGAGAGCCCCGAGACCAGCAGGGACAGCGAGGAGAGCAACAGCGACCCAGUGAGCAGCAGCAGCAGCAGUAGCAGCAGCAGCAGCAGCAGCAGUAGCAUAGAGGAUAGUGCAGAAGCGGCCAGAGAAGACGAAGCUCUCGCUCCCUCCAGCAGUACAACUGAGCCUCCCACAGAGGGCGCCAUGGAAAGUACCACCUUGAACACUGGGACCACCGAGGAGCCCAUGGAGCAGGACUAGACUGAAUGUCCCCCUGCAGCCGUGUGUGACCAUAAACCAGCUUGUCCUUGAAUCCAGCUUGACUGUCACUGGGGACGAGGAUAACUGCACCUCGUACGCAAGACGGAACGCCUCGUCCCGCUUUUGGACACUCCUCCAAAAUGGCUACCUGGCAUUGAUGUGGGCAUAGAAAUAAAUUUUCAUUUGAAGGUUUUUUUUUUGUUUUUUUUUACUGGAAUAUUUUAUUGAUCUUCUUAUCUUGUAUUUUUUUUAAUUUUCCCUUAAAAGGAUGUUGGUUUGAGCAGCCUCAAGUUUUUCUUUUUGAGUUCGACGGGGUUGUUUGAGAGCCAUUUGGACAUGGUGACAGGAUUGGUGGUCUAGGUUUUGUACCCUUUAAACCCAGUGUACCACACUACCGGGGUCAGAACAGAGCCAUACCAGCCAUUAUUAUUUAUGAAAUUGUUCACCUAUGAGCUAUCACCACCAUUUCUAUUCCUGACUGAAGCACAUGUAAAAUAUUCUUUAGUCAAGCUAUGACCUGAUCUUAACCCCCCCACCACAAAUAUGUUACUCCACCAAGCCUCCACCAGGCUGUUGAUUGUUUUAAAAUGGACUUCUCCGUCAUUGUGUGAUGGAGGUUUUUUUUUUUGUCCUUUUUGUGUCCUAUUUUAACCAUAUUUUUUCGCGAAGAUACACUACCAAUCCCACUGAACAAUACUCUGUAAAAUGAUAUAUUUUGGAUGCAUAAAAACCACCAUAAUUUAUAUGAUCAUUUCAAUUCAACGACUUACUUUGGAGUCUGUUUUUGUUUUGUCUGCCAGUUGUAGUCUCCAAAACCAGCUGUAAGUACAAAGACGACCUCCGCUUUCUUUGUAUCGUGAUGUCACCAUGUUGUCUCACCGACCGAUAUCCAGAGCAGCUUCUGGUUCCAGUUCUACACCUGUUUCUGCAGCUGUACUUUUUGAUAUUUAGGAUUUUAAAUUUCUGUAAAGUAGAUUUUUGUAGAUUGUAAUACAGUAUGUGUUCACUGCCUUUGUGAAACCAUAUAUAAUUGUAUAAUUUCUGUGUAUACUCUGAAUGCUUUUGCUUUCAAUGCGGUAUUCAGAAUCAGCAAUAAAUGUUAACAUUUU